UCAGGUGCCAAAAGCUCUGGUUUUUCUUAUUCCUGAAUUAUAUCUGAUACAUAACAACCCAUUUCUAUAUUUUUUUUCCACCACAAAUAUUCUGCCAUGGAAGAAGCACUCAGGAGGCUUAACGGCAUGACCCAAAUCCCGGAAUCCGACAACUUAACCGACCAACCCAAGAAGUGCACCACCACAACAUCCACCGCAUCCACCACUGCCGCUGUGACAUCAGCAAACAAGAGGGCCCUCAAAGAAAAUGGUGGGUCUGGUGGGACUAUGAGGUACCGAGGCGUCCGACGCAGGCCCUGGGGUCGAUAUGCUGCUGAGAUACGGGAUCCACAGUCCAAAGAGAGACGGUGGCUCGGUACCUUUGACACGGCUGAGGAGGCUGCCUGCGCCUACGACUGUGCGGCACGUGCCAUGCGCGGAAUCAAGGCGAGGACUAAUUUCGUGUAUCCUGCCACUGAGCCUCACUCAACUCCGGACAUCUUUCUUAAUCAUUUCAAUUUUACGAAACAUUCUCAGGCGUCAGUUAGGGAUCUGAACGGUUCUCGCAACCAGUUCGGACUCUCAUCUCACUGGCCGUCCUUUGCCGAUUCUCAUUUCUCCGGUGGAUCUGCACCUCAGAGGAACUCUUCUCUGAACGUGCUUCUCCUACGCGAACUUCUUAACUCUUCUUCUGGUCCAUCCUUCUACCCGCCGUCCCAGUCUCUUGUUGAGCCAUCGACUUUUCCCUCUCCUACCGUUUUCUCCGCCGGUCUCUCUACGAAUUCCUCCAGCACCACUGUUCAACGUGGGAGUUACGGUGGAGGAAAUACUUUCACAGGUUCCUCCAUGUCAAGUCCUACAGCCGAAAGCAAUCAGAGAUCUAUUACUGAUGGUUCUGUGACAUCCAAUGGUAGUCAUUCUGACCCCAUGGAAUUCUUCCCAAAAGAACCGUCUGAUUCUGGCCUCUUACAUGAGAUAAUUCAAGGGUUUUUGCCAAAACCCACGUUGAAGAAAUCCGAAGAUUUCUCUACAAAGAGCUUAAGUUCUUACUCUGAGGUCUCGGCCGUAGCUCCAUCACCUGGAAUAUCAGCAAACCAAGGGAUGAAGAAGGAGCUUAAGAACGAGCAGUUUGAUUUUUGUUUUAAUUAUCAAGCAGGUCCGCAGCAACUUGAUCAAGGUUUCAACGGAAUCAGUUCCCAGAUGUAUUCUGAGGUGCCGGCGGCCGGGAACCAUCUACAGCUGGGUCAGGACACCAUGUUGGAUGAUAUUUUCCCGUAUCCGGAACUUAUGAGUGCCUUGGCAGCUAGAGUUCAGAAUGCUUGAUUCAAAGCAUGAAACAUCAGUCAAGAGAGAUAAGUAGUUAUGGGCUUUCUUUGUUGGUCCACAAGUUCUGUUUUUAGGUUUUUUAUUUCUUUCACCUGGAAAGAAUUUUAUGGAGAUCCCUUCAUCGUCUCCCCAUGUUUAUUAAUUAGCAAAGCUUUUAACGUUUUUAUUGCUUCUUCCUCUAUCUAGUAGUUUACAUGUAUCCUUCUGUUCUGCAUCUAAUGGAAGAAUAAAACUUAAGAGCAAAA